AUGAGCCUUCAGCUCGUUCAGAGCUACGAUUCCGACGAGGACGAAGCGCGUUCAAGGAGCGCGGCUUUUGUGCAGGGAGGCGAUUCGUCGGAUUCUUCAGGCAGCGAUUCGGAAGACGCGGAGGAUGCGGAGGCAGAAGAAGCUUCGCGGAACGGAGAGGAUGAUAGCGGCGGGAAAGAAAACGCGGGAGGAGCGGCGACGGCCGGUAGGAAUGCCGGAGGAGCGCUGGCGGCCGAUAGAAUAGGCGGCGUGAGACGAACGGCUGCUGGAUUUUUGCCGGAGAAAGGACCCUCGGGAUUGCCGUCCGCUGCAGCGGCGUUCGAAGCGGUGCGUGGUACUUUUAUUCCGGUGCUGCGGCAUUGGUGUGGAGGAGAGGAGGAAAGGGUGGGGAGGGAAGGGAGGGAAGAGGGACGGGUAGGGGGGCCGCCAUCCUUCCUCGCCCCAACGGCCCUCUCCCACCACAUGCAUAUAGCCCGCGCUGGGAAGCUCGUUGCCAUGGGAUCGGCCAAUGAGGAGGCUCCACGUGGCACCGUGUCUGUCGCGGGGACGGCUGCAGCUGCUCCUGCAGCGGUGGUGUACCGAGAGAGGCGGGCUGGGGGAGUCGGUGGUGGGGUGCGGGAGAUUGUAGCAGCACCUGUGAGAAACCAGAACGCCCCUGCUGCUGAACCUGCUGCUGUGGAAGGGGGGGAUGAGGGAGCAGAAGGCUCCGACGCAGUGAAUGGGGAUGCGACACGUGGCAGAAAGGCAGUGGGCGUGUCAAUGCCUCCUAAAGCCGACGCUGUGGAUUUGCUCAGGAUCUGCCCGACGUGUCAGGUUCCCAAAACUCCUUCCUCAGGGCAGGGCGUGGUCUGCCCAAUUUGCCGCGAUAGGCCAGCAGGAGACGCUGACGUGGCAGCUGGCAGAGAGAAGGCGAAAAAGCGGGAAGGGGAUAGUAAAGUCAAGGACAAGGAGAAAUCGAAGCGAAUGAAGGGCCAAUCGUCGCAUGCCACGUGGAAGAGUGAGACAGAGAUGCAGUUGAGGCAGACAUAUGACUGA